GCAGCUGAAGUCGCGUUCUCUCGUUUAUCACCGUCGUCUUCCACGCACAUUCGUCGCCUUUUCUUCUCCGUUCGUCCGUCGACUACUUGUGCCAUUUGUUUUGAAUAUUCCGAGCGAAUUCGACGCGCCCGCAGAAGUCGCAUUGCCAAAAAAAUAUCGGGGCCGUAAAAUAAUAUACAUAAUACCGUUAACAAGUGUGUGGGGCCGAUAUUGUUUAGUUUGUUUUUGAAACAUAAACACAACACACUCGGUUGUUUAUCGUGCAUUUAAAGUUUCCCGCAAACGGAAAACUGUGCUUUUUCCAGUUGUGCCAAUUACUAGCGAAGGCAAAAGUGCAUAUCUACAAAGAUAACAUAAUAUCAAAAAUAGCAAUCCGCAGCUAAACACAUCGCUGAAUGACCGAAAAUAAAGGCAUCAUGCUGGCCAAAUCUGUUCAAAAACACGCUGGACGUGCCAAGGAGAAGAUUCUACAAAACUUGGGCAAAGUCGAUCGCACUGCGGAUGAAAUCUUCGACGAUCACCUGAACAACUUCAAUCGCCAGCAGGCGAGUGCCAACAGAUUACAAAAGGAGUUCAAUAACUACAUAAGAUGUGUUCGCGCCGCACAAGCCGCCUCCAAGACUCUGAUGGAUUCCGUUUGCGAGAUCUACGAGCCACAAUGGAGCGGUUACGAUGCUCUGCAAGCACAAACGGGUGCCUCGGAAAGUCUCUGGGCGGACUUUGCGCACAAAUUGGGGGAUCAAGUCCUCAUUCCGCUCAACACAUACACCGGACAGUUUCCCGAAAUGAAGAAAAAAGUGGAGAAGCGCAACCGAAAGCUGAUUGACUACGAUGGCCAACGACACUCUUUCCAGAAUCUGCAGGCCAAUGCCAACAAGCGCAAAGAUGAUGUCAAACUAACCAAAGGACGCGAGCAGCUGGAGGAAGCUAGACGCACCUACGAAAUCCUGAACACGGAACUGCAUGACGAGCUGCCCGCCUUGUAUGACUCUAGGAUACUGUUUCUGGUCACCAACUUGCAGACGCUCUUCGCCACAGAGCAAGUGUUCCACAACGAAACGGCUAAGAUUUACUCGGAACUGGAGGCAAUCGUCGACAAAUUGGCCACAGAAUCGCAGCGCGGCUCCAAUACGCUACGCAAGCAAACAAGCAAUCCCAUCAAGACAUCGAGCCCAGUACAGUCACCAGUGAAUAAGUUAAACAAUGCCAACAUCAACAGCAACUAUCAGAAUCAAAUAACUACAAACGGUGGCUCCAGUUUGGCAAACAGCCCGACAUCCACCAGCUCGUCGCUGCAAGAGCCUCGAUUUGAUUCAGUUUCUUCAACACCAGAACCACGCCCGGAAUCCCCAGCAGCAGCACUAGUAUCAGCCACGCCCAGCAGUCCCGUCGAGAAUGGGGUAACCACCAAAUCAGUGGAGCGUCCCGAGCUCAGUGGUCUGAAUGCGAGUGCCAAGGCAACCACAACCACGCAGACAUCGCCCACGGAGGAUAAGGCGGUGGUCAGUGAAGCAGUGAAGCCAUCGGAAACUGAGGGAGCAGCGGCAGCAGCUGCAGCAGCAGCAGUAGCAACAUCUGUGACACCUGCCCCGCCAGCGACACCUGCCCAAAUCAAUGGUAACAACAAUGAACCCUCGAGUGCCAAGGAAGGUGGCAAACAGCCCAAGGAACUGCCAUCCACCACAUCCAAUGCAGAAGCUGCUGCCGAGGCGGCGGCCAACAAUGGCAAUUCCAUCGAGGAGCACAAGCAGAAGAAACUAGGUAAUGACACAACAGUCACAGCCACAGAAACAGUAACAGUCACCCAGCACUCAGUUACAUCAACAGAUACCGAUAAUAUAGUGACCAUAUCAGAUACAAAUACAGAUACAGAUACUAAGACCAGCACAGGCACUAGUCAGAAAGGUAGACCAGUACCAGUAGUUAAUAGGCACAGCGUAAAUAAUCUUAAUAAGAAUCCGUUCGAGGAUGACGACGAACGCAUCUACGAGGUGCCCGCUGAUGCCAACACUGCUGACUUGCCGCCUGGAGUUCUGUACCGGGUGAAGGCCACCUAUGGCUACGCCAAGGAGGAUGUGGAUGAGCUGAGCUUCGAGAUCGGUGACCUUAUUCGCGUGAUUGAGUACGACGAUCCCGAGGAUCAGGAGGAGGGCUGGCUGAUGGGUCAGAAGGAGGGCACCAACGAGAAGGGACUCUUCCCCGCCAACUUCACGCGUCCCAUCUGAAGCGACGAACUGGGGAGCAACUGGGCUAGCAACGAACCAUCAGCAACUUCAGAUCAACCAUAAAAAUCUUAACGAACGGAGGUCCAAAUCCAAAUACAAACUUUUGGCCAAAUUUUCUUUGUGAGCGCUGCUUUUGUUUUUGUCAAAUUAAUAAAUUCUUGUUUUGUGAAAUGUA